AUGACUCGGCAAUUUCAGGGUAGCAGUGUAGUGUUUGGUAUACUUAGGGAAAAUAAUUGGAGAAAAAAUCUGAUUUUACAAUUACAAGAAAGAAACAAGAGACAAACAUAUUGUUUUGCAGAUCUUAUUAGUUUACACAACAGAUUGUUUGAGAAUGUAAAUACAUUACGUGGAGAAAAUAUUCAGCUAACAAUAUCAAAUGAAACUCUUCGUCGAGAAGCUGCUAGUGGAACUCCUGGUUUAAGUGUAAACGCUGAUCUUGAGGCUCGUCUUUUAAAGCAAGCAGAAGAACUAGCAACAUUGCAUAGAAGGAAAGGAGAACAUACACAGCAAAUAGUAGAUAUUAAUAAUAAAUUACAAGAAAUGAUGAAGGAGCUUCAAGCUAAGGAAAUAAGUUUGGCAGAAAGUGUGGAGCUCAAUGCUAAUUUACGUCUAGAAAUAUCUAAAUGCCUUAACAGAGAAAGAGAGCUAGAAGGUGUCAAUCAAAUGUUAAAAGAUGAACAUCAGGCUUUGCAACUAGCGUUUGCAUCUUUAGAAGAAAAGCUUAGAAAAGUACAGGAAGAAAAUCGCCAACUAAUAGAACGUUUGAUUAAAUACAAAACUCGAGAUGCAGAAAAAGUGAAUGAAGAGAAUGACAAUUUUUUGAAUGAGAGUUUUUCCAGUCCGACAGCCUUUUUGAUGCAUACCAUAUUAAAAUUUGGAAAGAGGCAAGCAAAGAUGCAAAAAGAGUUAGAGGAUGCAGCUCGUGACACACGACCAAUUAGUCCUGAUAGAUCGAGCUUAAAAGAAGGAAUUUCUGGUCUUCCUACAGCAGUACCAACGAAAGUAUCCGUCACGUUUACUGCACACGACGGAGAAGUUUAUGCUGUAAAAUGGUCUCCCGUCGAGAGGAUGCUUGCUACCGGUGGUGCCGAUAGGAAGGUGAAGCUUUGGAAUAUCUCGAAAGGUGCUGCAGAGAAUAAGGGAAUACUUGUUGGAAGUAAUGCUGGCGUGAUGUGCGUCGAUUUCGAUUCUACGGGAACGCUGAUCCUUGGGGCAUCGAACGACUACGCUAGCCGAGUGUGGACCGUCAGCGACUUUCGACUAAAG